GGACAUCCAGCACCAGGGGGCGCCAGAGCCCCGGUGGAGUGACGUAGUUCCACACAAAGAAGAAGAAUUUCUCCGGUCGGUAGGAAGGAUCGUAUGGUUCCAUUGACAGGAAAUUGACCAGGUUUUGGGUUUUUUUUUUCUCGUGUGACCUUAAUUACCAAACAGACUUUCCUGUAUCCGGCGCUGAAGAGCUUGUGUUUUUGAAUCGCUUUUAAAUCAUCAAGACGGAAACAGAUGAGAGAACUUCAGCUCAUAUUGUAGCAUUUAGACAUGGCAGCCGAUGAAAUUGACUACAAUGUGGUGUUUCCAGAUGCGGGGACAUCGGAGAGACACUGGCAGGGGACAAAGGAGCCGGUUGUGAUCCUGCUGGGCUGGGCUGGGUGCAAGGACAAGCAUCUCUCCAAAUACAGCUCCAUCUACAAUGAACAGGGAUGUGUCACCAUCCGCUACACGGCCCCUCUGAAAACAGUCUUCAUCUCAGAGUCGUUUGGCUACAAAGAGCUGAGCAGCACCGCCCUGAAGCUGCUGGAGAUCCUGUACGACUACGAGGUGGAGAACAGCCCCGUGUUCUUCCACAUCUUCAGCAACGGCGGCUUCAUGCUUUACCGCUACAUCGUGGAGCUGCUGCACAGGGACGAGCAGUUCAGCUCGCUGUGCGUGAUCGGAGCCGUGGUGGACAGCGCCCCGGGCAGCGGGAACAUCCGCGGGGCCCUGCGCGCCCUGGCCGCCACCCUGGGCCCCAAAAUAAGCCCCCCGUUAAGGUACAUCCUCCUGGCACUGUUUGCGGUCAGCGUUUUCCUCCUGCGAGUGGUGCUGUACCCCUUGACCAAGUUCAUUCACAAGAACCACUACGAUGCCGUGCAGGACCGGCCGCCCGCCUGGCCCCACUUCCACCUGUACUCCCGCGCCGACCAGGUGAUCCGGCACCGGGACGUGGAGCACUUCAUGGAGAGCCUGAGGAAGAAAGGCGUCCCCGUGGACUGUUUCGAUUUCGUCUCCAGCCCCCACGUCAGCCACUUCCGGGAGUUUCCCGAGCAGUACACUCUGCAGUGCCGCACUUUCCUAGCUUCCUGCAUGAAGGACUUAGAGGGGUCCGGCGUUAAAAAGAGGCAGCAGGUUCACAGUCAGUGAAUCUCAGGAAGAAAUUCCUGAAUUGAUGCGACGUGGUGUUCCGGGACUGCAAAACCCUGGGAAUGGAAGCUCCUACUCUGAAGUUCUGCACGGUGUUGGUGUAGUUAAGAAGAAGGCUGCAGCUGUGUGAAGUAGCUGAGCUGCUCUGAACCCUCACCCUCUCCCGGCUUAUCAAACACUAACUACUGAAGGACAGGCUGAGUCGGCAUUCCACUGUAUCCUACUGACAACACGAGUGGUUCAUGUACACUGGAAACUGGGAACUUUUUGACUGAUUUUUUUUAAUAGUGCUGUGAAAUGUGAUGCAUUGUACAUUUAGUAGUAGUAUUUCUAAAAUAGAUGCAGCUGAAUAUUCUGUAUUGUAUGUAUAAAAUGUAAUUCAGAAAUUGUCACUAAAACAAGAUUCCAAGGGUGCUCAUACUAAGGGGAUGUGUCAUAUUAAAGUGAUUUAGGUUUUUAGUUUUUUCCUCAAAUGAAGGUCUCGAAACAACUGCCUUACAGACUAAAUACCUUUUGAACGGUUGUUCUAUCGGUAACAUUUCAACUAUACAAGUCUAAUGUGAGAAAAAGAGUUUAGUCCAAGGGCAACGUUGAUUGACAAUGAAUGUAUAUGUGGAGCACAGCUAAUGUAUUCUUUUUAACAGAUGUGCCUUUAAUAAACCUGAAUGCUCAUAGAAAACUCUUCUUAUUGGACCUGUUCAGCUUUUGCUUUCUGCGUUUCAGAAGAAGAUGAGCCGUUACACCGGG